AAGUGCAUUCCUUUAUACAGGGAAUCCUUUAGACACAACAGUGGAAAAAAGUUUUCAGAAUAACUUUUUAUGAUUCAGAGAUACUUAAGAGGCUUUCACAUGGCUUUCUACGAUAAUGAACAUUGGCUGUUAUCGCACAUCAGGGAUAGUUUUUUAUCAACCGACAACACAGGUCAGUGCGAAAUGGUAAUGCUUGGGGAAGAUAUUCCUAAACAACUGAAAUCGAAUGGUACGUUACAAUGUUACCCUGGAAUGGAAGAAAGCGAUGACGAAGAUCUAGAUGCUCUCGCAGAAUCUUACGACAUACAAAUGGAUAUAGAAUACAGUCAUAGAGAACGUUCUAACACUGCUCAAAGGUUAGAGAAAAUGGACCUUAAAAGAGAAAAAGCUGCUAAAAUCAGUAUAAAGUGGAAAAAUGAUCCUGUUCUACCUAUUACUCAGCAAUCUGAAUUGUUUCAAAGAAAAGAUUUUCGUAGAAAGACUGGCCCUGCUAAAAGAUACUCUCUCUUAUCGGAACAACUUGAAAAGUGUCCAAAUCUGCCACAAAAUCCAUUCAUAGAGUAUGCUAAGUUCGAUGGUAGUGCACAAAUAGAUAUUCCUAUAAGAAAAUACAGGAUAUUUAUGUGUAUGUUACCUAAAAUACAAAGAAUGUACCCCCUUCAAGUAGUUGUACUUGCUACAGCUAAAGUAUUAGAAUUCAUUGGAUUAAUUUGCUACAAAUAUGCAAACGAACAUCCAGAUCAUCCUUUAAAGGAUGAUAUUGCAAGAUAUGGUUUAUAUUUCACAGAAGAUGAUGGAGAAGUUGAUUGGGAUUUACCCUGCCUAGAACCAAGAGAAAUAAUAUCCAAGUAUGAAUUUACAACGUUAGGUCUUGCAGAAAUGAAACCGAGUGAUAAAGCGCAACACAAUGUUAUUAGUUGGUUAGAAUUAUCCGACGAGGAAGAUUUUCUAGAAGGUCAAAACGAAAAACAGGAAAAAGUUGCUGAAGAUUUGGCAAAAAUGGAAGGGCAUACAACUGCCAUGGAAGCACCGUUGUACCAAUCGUAUAGGGUAUACAUAAUUAACAAAGUCAGGACAAAGACUGAAAUUUAUCUAGGAAUAUCAGGUGAAAAAAUUGAAAUCAACCCAAUAGUAACAGGAAAAGGUGCAGGACGUUUUUGGAAUAGACAAAGAGCUGUUAGUUAUCAAAUAGAUAAUAUUGCUUGGUGCGAAGUUACGGAAACGAAGGGAUCAAAAACAAUGUUUACAUUAGUUUAUACACCACAUUCUUCUACUUCUGAAAACAUAUUAGUACCAUCCGGACAAAUGCACUCUUUGCAUCAAUCCGCAUCGUUUAAAAAUCACGAAUUUGAAGCUGAUUCGAUAACAGCUGACGAAAUCGUUAGAAAAAUAAAUCAUAUAUUAGAAUUGCAUAGUAGUACGUCGAGAAAAGAAUAUUUGUCUCAAAAAGAAAGAAAAGCAGCAAGACGAAAAAGUUUUCACUUGCAUAGAUGA